AUGCACAUGAUGAAGAAAGCCAGCAUUGCGAAAAUGAUUGAUAAUUCAGAUACCUUUUAAAAUUAGGUUAAAUUAUUGUUAAUGGAAAAUUCAUAAUUAAAUAAACAAAUUGUAGUAUUUUAAUAUUUUUAUUCUUAUCAAAAAAGAUAAAGGAAAAGAUCAUUGAUAAUUAGUCAUAAAAAAUAAGAAAACAAAGAGAUACUCAAUAAAUAACUUAAUUGCAUGAUUACAUUUUUGGACUAGUAUUUGGUAUAUGUUAAAAAAGAGUCUAUAGACAAAUAAUGUUUGAGACCCUUUUUAUGGUGACGAUGGUGCAUGAAUUAUUAAAUAAUCAAAUGGCCAUCUAAACAUUUUAACAAAUACUAUUUAAUCAUUUUUCAAAAUAGAUUUCGGUGGAAGGAAUAUUGAUUUGA